AUGGGACAAUUAGCUGCAAAUCAAAACACUAGGCCUGCAGGUGCUCUUCUAAGUGAUACAGAGAAAAAUUCGCAAGUUAGUACAAUUACACUUAGAACUGGAAGGGAAUUAGAAGAAGUUCCAAAGAAGAGAAAAGACAAGCUUAUACCUGAGGGUGAAUUGAUUCCCAAACCAACACAAGAAACAAAUAAAGAUGAUACAGUUUCAGUGCCCAUGAAUAUUCAAUUGAAUAUUCCGUUGGUAGAUGCGAUUCGUGAAAUUCCAAUGUAUGCCAAGUACAUAAAAGAUAUUGUGGCUAACAAGAGGAGAUUGACUGAAUUUGAAAUAGUUGCACUUACUGAGAAGUGCACUUUAAGGGUCCAAAAUAAGCUUCCUCAAAAGCUUAAGAAUCCUGGCAGCUUUACUAUCCCUGUGAGAAUAGGUAAUUUUGAUGUAGGCCAUGCACUUUGUGAUUUGGGAGCAAGCAUAAAUUUGAAGCCAAUGUCUUUGUACAAAAAAUAUUGGGUUUGGGAGCUCCAAAACCCACCUCUGUGA